GAAGAGCAGAACUAGAGGCUCAGCCACUCACCUAAGCAAAGAAUAAACAAAGCAAUGGUUCUCCACCUCCACCACUUAGCUCUGCUAAUUACUUUGCUCAUGCCCCAUUGGUGCUUGUGUUCAGCAAGCAAUGAGUUGGGAAUUAAACUGUGCGGACGAGAAUUCAUCCGGACUGUGGUGAUGUCCUGCGGAGGUUCAAGAUGGAAGAGAUACUCACCAGAACCAGGACAGGAGAGAGUUAAUCCCUACAGAGACUUCAUUGGCUGGCUCAACCAAGAUUUCCUAGACAACCCAGAAAGCUUGAACUCAUUGUACAAUGAAGAGCAUGGGGCUCAAAAUGUCCCCUCUCCUGGACAGCAGCAGCAAGAUGACACCAUGGAACAGUUGCAGGGGCCCUUAUAUGAUUCAUUAGUAGGUCAAGAACCACGGAGCACCAGCCUAAGGAUGAGGAGGAGUGCGGGGCCAGGAGGGUCUUGUUGUCAGAAAGGCUGCACCAAGACUGAACUCAUGAAGUUUUGCUAGCAGAAGCUAUAACACUCUACCCAGUGGCACCAACUAUCUCUGUAUCACUUCCAACAGCUUUUUUACUCUCAAAAUAGCAACUCUGAUUCUCCUGUUACCCCAUUCCAUUCUGGCAUAAUGACUACGAAGCAUUCUAGAUGUUCAGUCCUAACAUUCAGUUAUGCAGUGCUUGAUGGUCCUUGUAAUAAUGCACAUAGCAAUCUCAUUCAUAUUACAGCCCUAUCAUUCACUGGAAUAUCAGAAAAGCAAUGUUUCUUAGUUACAUCCCUAGCAGAAGAGCCACACACAUACUUCAGCUUUGUAUAAUGAUGUAUUUUUGUGCAUGCUUUGCAUGAUAUCAGUUUCUAAAGUUUAAAGUAAAUGAGGAAGUCACAACAAA